ACAUGUAAAAAUGUUAUCCCACUCCGCUUCCCUCGCCUCGCCCCUCGCAUUAUAUUUUCAUGUGCUUUUAGCAACUUGCUACUAACCACCCUUCCUUUCUCCCCCUUUCGCAAUUCCGACCCGAACCUAGCGUCGGACCCUAAACCCUCAUGGGAACCGAGAGUUACACGUACAUGGGACGGAGUCUGAGCCAACUCAGCAUCAACGACGAUUCCUCUUCCUCCGCCUUCAGCGACUGCAACAGCGACAGAUCUGGCGAAUUCGCCACCGCUUCAUCGCAGACGCGCCGCUUCCUCAUCGCCUGCGCCACCGAAAACUCCGACGACUUGAUCCGCCAGCUGGUCGCCGAUCUCCACUCCUCCUCCGCCGAGGAUCAGAAGCAAGCCGCCAUGGAAAUCCGGUUACUCGCCAAGAACAAGCCGGAGAAUCGCAUCAAAAUCGCGAAAGCCGGCGCAAUAAAACCGCUGAUUUCUCUCAUUUCGGCGCAGGACCUUCAGCUCCAGGAAUACGGCGUCACCGCGAUUCUCAACCUCUCGCUCUGCGACGAGAACAAGGAGGUGAUAGCCUCCGCCGGCGCGAUCAAGCCGCUGGUUCGGGCGCUGAGCACGGGGAGCGCCACGGCGAAGGAGAGCGCGGCGUGCGCGCUGCUGCGGCUGUCGCAGCUGGAGGAGAACAAGGCGGCGAUCGGGCGGUCCGGCGCGAUUCCGGCGCUGGUGAGCCUCCUGGAGAGCGGCGGGUUCCGCGGGAAGAAGGACGCGUCGACGGCGCUCUACUCGCUCUGCACGGUGAAGGAGAACAAGGCGAGGGCGGUGAAGGCGGGGAUCAUGAAGGUGCUGGUGGAGCUGAUGGCGGACUUCGAGGCGAACAUGGUGGACAAGUCGGCGUACGUGGUGAGCGUGCUGGUGGCGGUGGCGGAGGCGAGGGCGGCGCUGGUGGAGGAGGGCGGCGUGCCGGUGCUGGUUGAGAUCGUUGAGGUCGGGACGCAGAGGCAGAAGGAAAUCGCGGUGGUUAUUCUUUUGCAGGUGUGCGAGGACAGCGUGGCUUAUCGCACCAUGGUCGCUCGCGAAGGUGCCAUUCCUCCUUUGGUCGCUUUGUCUCAGUCCGGCACCAAUCGCGCCAAGCAAAAGGCUGAGAAACUAAUCGAGCUUCUGCGACAACCUAGAUCCGGCAACGGCGCUGUUUGAACAUCAGAAAUGGCAACAAUCAUUUACCACCUGGUAUCCCCACCCCACCGCACCGUACGUGUGAGUAAAACAAAAACCACGUUAAAAUUGUGAAUUGGUUAAAGACAACAACAUGCGUCCCUGAAGAGAGACGGAGAGGUAAAGUUUGUAAAUAUCUUCGUAACGGAGAAGCUUUGUAAAGUUUGUGCUAUAAAUGAUACGAGUUUCAGUUUGAGUUUGGUUUGGUUUUUGGGUUAUGCAAAAUAAUGCACUCCCACUCGACAUCACUGCUUUUUUUUUUUUCCCCCUUAAUUUAAGUUUUAUUUUAUUGCUGUGAAUGUGAGAACUGAUGAUAUCGCUUUUGGGCCCUUCUGCUAUUUAUGUAAUUAUUGCCAUUAUAAAUGUGGCACUAGUUUA